UUGCCUUUCUCGAUGCUUUAUAAGUAUUGAGGUGUAUGGCUGUACCUAUCCUGAUGAAGUCAUGAGACAAGUUCAAGAACUGAGUGCUGGUGUACAACCAGCCAUCAUGCAAGAACAGCGAGAGAGAAUGAAACAGAAGCACUAUUUAUAGUUUGUGAGCAGCUUAUAUCCAAGAUGAAUUUUGUGAACUCCUCAGACAUGUACCGGAGCAUAGACAUCACCCUCAUUCAUGACCAGUACCAGAUGUCAAAACACAAUCCAGCUUUUCAACGACCACAGAAUUUUCAGAAUGUUACUGCACCACAUGCACAACAGUAUAACAGUGAUCAGUCAUUUCCUCGUUACAAUGGGCCACAGACAUCAGUUAGAGACACUCAGUCUCAUAGUUAUCAGCAGCUUUCGACAAGUAGCCCUGAUUCUUUCAGUCCCCAGUUGCAGCAGCAAUAUUUUGGGGACCCAUCACAGAAAGUUAAGAGUUCACAGCAGGAAGUCAUGGUACAGCAGUUGCUAAAGGGCCUUAACCCAUACAACAGGAACACACACAAUGUCACCAUGUCCUCCAGCGCUCAGCAACAUCAUCUGACUGCAGGGAUGCGUUACCAAUGGGAGUUUCAUAAUCAGAAGCCUGGUGUCAGCAUGAACAUUCAUGGUUAUAAUUCUCCAAGGGGAGGCAACACAGCACAAGCUCUCUUGACAGAUCCUCAGCAAAGAGGCAAUGGCCCUUCAAGGGGGUCCAAUGGUCCAACAACUAGAGUCGGUGGUGGAAGGUACCAGCAGUUUGUUAAACCAGAAAGACAUGAGGACUAUUUUGAAGGUGGCUCACCAUUAGAGCAAUUAAAGCAUGAAUCAUCUUCAGCCAGGCCUUUAGUGGGGCUUGCUGGGCAGCAUAAUAGUGCUGGUGCCAGGGGCUUAAUGCCAAGCUGUCAACCCACAAGUAGUUUUGGGGGAAUGAACUGUUAUUCAGACACCUUUAGACCUGGCACAUCCCAGCAGCACAAAAGCAAUGGCAUUGGUACCAGCAGAAAUGAUAACUUUGCAAGUGUGGCAGCAGCAACUGCUGCAGCAGAGCAGGUGGCACGAGAAGCUGCCAAGCCAUUUGCCAAGUGUCUUGUUCUAGCAAGCCAGCAAAUGUGUGUAGGCAAGAUCAAAAGACUAGCUAUGGAGGUGAAAAAUUUGAAGACAGAACGUCCAAAUGCAGUAGACAAAUUAUAUUCCGCUUCAAACCGAGCCCAUGUGCAUAUCCAGUGUGAAAUUGAGUCAGGCCCUGUUGUAAGAGGGACAGGAACUUUUUUCUGCAGUGUACAGUUUGAUGGCAUAAACAUCGCAGUUUGCUCAGGACUGAACAAACGCACAGCCAAGGUUGAAGCCUUUGAAACUGCUCUCAAAAAGAUUAUGAAACCAUACCUUCGCAUUGUUGAGAUUGAUGGUUGUCAGAAAGAGCUCCAGGCUUCCGAUCAAGAAUUUUCCUGUGACCCACCUGUGCAGACAGUUGUAAAACCGACGUCAGCUGUCAUUUCCAGCAUAAGUACAGACAACUCUGGUGCUCCAAGCUACUCCAUUCAGAAAGAAUCCAAUGUAGAAGCAAUCACAAACAUCAAGAAACGCAAUUAUGUUGCAAAGGAUCUGAGUGAAUUUGUCCUCGUGGAGCCUCAACACCACAACAGCAGUGUCAAUGGGGCCAGCAUUCUCCGUCGAAGUGCUGACUUCAGCAAAAUGCUUCUGGAGUAUGACUUUGCUGCACAUGGAGCAAGUGGUGCCAUCCGAUGCAUGUUGAGAGUUGAAGGCCAGGUGCUGGCAGAUAUUGUAGGGGCCAACAAGCCAGCUGCAAAGAUAGAGGCCUCCCAGCGCGCAGUAGACGUUUUGCGUCAGCAAUGUUGGACCAUCCUCACCAAGCAAGCCCACGACUCCAAUGCACCCGAAAUUACAAAGGAGGAGAUUUUUUCUGAUCUCGCCAACACCAUUGGUGUAUCUACUGUUCCAGCCUCUAUGGCAAAAUCAAUUCCUGAUUCCAACAAAGGAAAGAAACUUUUGCAGAAGAUGGGCUGGACAGGAGGCGGGAUUGGCAAAGAUGGAACAGGCAUGGAGGAGCCUGUUGCCGUGACAACAGUCAUCAACCGUGAGGGUCUUGGCCUCAGUUCCUCAAAAGGCAUCACCACAGACUUUCGUCAGCGGGUCACACAGCUGUUAGAGAACUAUGCAGCAUCUGAUCGCCAGGACGACUUGAUUUUCUCACCGCUUUUCCGCAAGGAUGAGCGCAUUAUCAUUCACAAUGAAUGUCGUCGACUCAAUUUAAAAAGCAACAGCAAAGCUCAGGGAGGGGAGCGUUUUUUAAUCAUUCGGCGAAAGCGAUCAGCUUCUCAGCUGCUUGAACACAUCAUGGCUUGUGGUGGGGAGACGGUCAGAUACAAGAUUGCCCCCCCUGGUCAAAGGGUAUAUCCUUGGCAACGGGCUAGUGUUGCUUUUGGAGGCAUGUGAUGUUAAUUUCCCUCAUGGUUUAGUUAAAAGAUCUUCCAAGUGUUAUCCACAUGGGGGUUUCUCAUAGAUGUGCAGUAGAUGGUUGAUAUCUUUUAUGAACUAUAGCUGGUGGUUCAGGUUCAUCAUCGGAAUCAUGAACUCAAAUUGUUGCCUUUGGUAUAACAUGCUGUAAGUCAUGAGUUAAGAUAUGUUUUGGGGAUCAUAAACUCAAAUUGUUGCCUUUUGGUAUAAUAUUCUGUAACUGGUUACUUGAGACUUGAUGUCAUUGUGUACACUAGACACAAUUAUUAUCUUUGUUAAAUUCUUCUGAGUAGAUUGCAUGUUUGAGAUGUUUCAUUUUGUUUAGAAUUAUCAGACACCGUAAAAUCUCCCUACUAAAAAUCCACCAAAAUCAGGUCAUAACUGAAAGGGUUCAAGGUAGGAAGAUAACCAAUCUGUUUUCAUUCCAGUAACCAUGACUUUAAGCACCUUUCUGUGCUUAACCCUAACUCUUUCUAGUUAAUUUAUUUAAAUGUGAAAUAAAGCUAUUAAAAACCAUAUAAUAAUGCAGGGUUUUUUGUUUUUCACUUUAGUCAUACCUAUUUUGCCAUUGUUGCACGCACGCUGUUCUUUAUCUGCGUGUGGCAUCUGUUUCUAGCUGCCUUGCAUUGAUAUAGCCUUAGUUGCUGGCUAGGUGUGAAUGAUUUUUUUCUUCUGGAUGGGGUUUAUUGCACAGUAAAUAAAGGCCACUUCACAUUUG